AUGCGUUUUCUUCAUUGCGCCAAUAACUCCAAACCAAAUUUGGACGACAAAGCGUGGAAACUUAGACCCUUUAGAGAGAAACUGAAAGCUAAAUAUUUGCAACAUUAUCAGCCAGAAAAGCAUAUGAGUUAUGAUGAAAGUAUGAUAAAGUACUAUGGUGGACAUCCAUGUAAGCAGUUCAUUCGUGGUAAACCCAUUAGAUUUGGGUACAAAAUGUGGGCACUGAAUACAACAUCGGGAUAUUUAGUAAACUGCGAAUUGUAUCAGGGAAAAAAUAGUUUACAAGAAGUAUACGAAAAGGAUUUUGGAAAAGCUGCUGCACCAUUUGUUUCAAUGUUGGACCAGUUAAAAGGGAAAAAAGAGAGACCAUAUGAACUGUACUUUGAUAACCUCUUUACUGGUUUAAAUCUUUUAGAACACCUAAAAGAAAGGGGCUAUCAGGGUACCGGUACCGUUCGAGAAAACCGCAUACCCAAAAAUUGUCCGAUGUCAGACAAAAAAUCUCUCGCAAAAAAAGAAAGAGGGACAUACGAGGGGACUAUUGAAAAAGAAUCAGGUAUUAUGGUAGUUCGUUGGGUUGACAACAACGUUGUUAGUGUCGCUUCAACCUGUCACGGUAUUUUACCUGUAUCACAAGUAAAACGAUAUAGUUCUGCCCAAAAAAGAAUUCUUAUGAUACCUCGCCCAUUUUUAAUUGGUGAAUAUAACGCACACAUGCAAGGUACAGAUCUCAUGGACGAAAAUGUGUCAAUUUACCUGGUUUGUUGA